AUGAUGCCAAACGCCAAGCUUUAUUUUGCCACUUGGCUGCUCUGGGUCGCGCUCACUUGUUCUCUCUGGCACGUGAACAUGUCCAGCCCAGUGGUGUUGCGCAACCACCCGAUAACUGACAACUGUCUUACUACUGCGCAAACACUACUUUGGAACAUCACGGAGGCGCUUGCACAGGAACACCUGUUCAAAGGAAUAAACUGCACGGACCAGGGUAUGGAGUUGAACACGAGAACACAGACAGUGCAAGUGUGUGCGCCAAAAACCAAAAGCACUCAACAGCACUCAACAUGUUCCAGAGUGACAAAUGUAAAGUUUGAUCAGGACAAGUGUCUGAGGAACAUUGAGGAGGAUCUGCGUUGUUAUAGUGACAUGCUACAAGCUAUUGACCCUAAACUGCUUGGACCCAAUGUGCUGCAGAACAUAGGAGAGAUUAAGGAGAACUGCUUCUCCUCGUCUUUGUUGGGAGUCUGGUCCUCUCAGCAGGAUACACAAGGUUGUAGGCCUACUCAAGGUACUGCUAACCAAAAUUCCUUUGAUGAAAGGGUACAUCUGUGUAAAGUGCUGAAGGGGCUCCAGGUUCGCACCGUAACCAUCAACAGAAUCAUUGGAUAUAUUCAUGCUGGGGAACACAAUAUGUAAGUUGGCAUGUCAUCAUGGACCUGGCAGGCGCCUAUGCGGUUGGAGACUAUUCCUCAUCACCAUCAUCGUCAUCAUCACCAUUCUCUCAAGGGAAAAAGAAUCCAGUUUUCAUGACCAUAACAAAGUUGCCUUGUCCUGUGGACAAGUGUUCUUUAAUAUUAUCAUCAAAUAACAGUCUGAUAAAGCUAUUGAGG